AUGCGGCAGGUCCAUUACGUGCACACGCCCCCUUGGCUUCUCGCCUCCACUCACAAAUCCACUGGCCGGGACAACGUGGGUUCACAAAACAAUUACUGGCAUUAUCGCUUCAAGAAGCUUGGUUUACUGCAAAAUCCCAUUCGCGUGCCACACACUUCGACCUGCUUUCUUGCCUAUCCCCUCAACUCGUCAAGCCCAAAAGGUCUCGGCUUGGGUCAAAUUGUGGGCAAGCCCAAUGUCCACACCAAAGGUUUGCCCACGCCCUACGGCCAAACUGGGUUAACGAGCCUUCUCUUAUAG